UAUCCACAACUCGCUAACUCUCCUCAGUACAUCUCUCAACUCUUUUAUUAGCUCGUCAUUAAGCGCAGACAUGACUUCAGUUGCUAGCUUCUUCUUUGGCCUCGUGGUGGCUCUCAGCUGCCUCUCCCUCCACCUUGCUUCCGCAGCUGAUCCCAGCCUUCUCCAAGACUUCUGCGUUGCAGAUUCCACCAGUUCAGUAUUGCUGAAUGGCAUGGCCUGCAAGAACCCAAGCACCGUCACCGCAAACGACUUCUACUUCAGAGGCCUCCACGUGGCAGGCAACACCAGCAACGCACAAGGCUCCAGGGUCACUCCGGUCUUUGCCGCGCAGCUCCCCGGCCUCAACACGCUGGGAAUCUCCAUGGUCCGCAUCGACUACGCAGCCGGCGGCCAAAACCCACCCCACACGCACCCACGCGCCACCGAGAUCCUCACCGUUCUCGAAGGCAGCCUGGAGGUCGGAUUCGUCACCUCCAACCCAAACAACAACCAUUUCACCAAGACCUUGUACAAAGGCGACGUCUUCGUCUUCCCCUCCAACGCCAUCCACUACCAGCGCAACACCAACUGGAACGCGCCCGCCGUCGCCAUUGCGGCGCUCUCCAGCCAGAACCCUGGUGCCAUUACCAUCGCCAACGCGGUGUUUGGUUCCCAGCCGGGGAUCAGUGCUGACAUACUGGCCAAGUCUUUCUCCUUGGACGUCGCCACCGUCAACUUUAUGCAGUCCAAGUUUUGAUUGUUGAUGAGGACUAGUCAUGCAUGUAUUUUCCGAUUCUGUCACAAUCCGUUUAUACGUUGUACUUUUCUUUUGGAGUCAGGGCAGGAGUGUUGUCUCAUUCUCCUCAUUAAAUUUGUAGCUAUGUUUAUUUCAUAAAGAAAAAAAACAUGAGCACUUCUACUAUGCUAUAUAGUAUUGGUGCUUUAAUGUACAACUUAAAGUUGUACCAUAACAUUAAAUGUAUAAGUUUAGG